AUGGACAUUGGCGAACGUGAAGCUGUAAUUUGGGAACAAGACAUACUGCGUUCAACUGACCUACGUACGUUGAAUUGGCUCGUAAAAUUUGAGCGUUUCUCUGUCGAACAGGGCCUGCGCGCCGGCACCGUUUGGAUGAACGACUACAACGUUUUCGGCAACCAAGUGCCGUUCGGCGGCUACAAGCAGUACGGCAUCGGCCGCGAGAACGGACCCUACGGUAUACGCAAUUAA